AUGAGUAAUGAAGAUGUCUUUAGCAGGGCUUUGGAGAAUGAUAAUGCUGAUCUGAAACUGACCCUACCAAAAAAUGACGUUGAUACAGGUAUUAUAGAUGUGGGUGAGAGUGCUGAUAGUGCAGCGUCUUCCUCUUCUUCUGAAGGGAACUCAAGUGUUGAAGAAGAUGGAGAGAGCAGCAAGGAUGACGAAAGCUUAGAAGAAGAAUCAGAUAGUAAUGAAAGUUCGACUAGAGCAGAUGAAGAAGAAGAAGAAGAAGAAGAAGAAGUGGGUGCAACGGUAGCCAUCAGAUCGAAGCAUGAAUUUGCCGAAGAACCACUUCCAGAAGUUCCAGAAAAUUAUCAAAUACCGGAAAAGGCUACUAUCUCGGAAAUUGGGAUGAUAAAAUCCGCAUUUGACUGCAAUUUGAUCAUUUAUUCAACCUCUUCUGGGGAAAGAAGGGUUCCUAAGGAGGGUUCUAUCUUUUGUUUAGAAGAUCGUACUCUGCUUGGACCAUUAUGCGAAGUAUUUGGUAAAUUAGAAGCUCCAGUUUACCGUGUAUCACUGCCGUCCUCAAAGUUACAGCAGUUCAAUGAAUUGAAGGAACAUGUAGGUGCAAAGGCUUUUAUUGUUCUACCGGAAGCACACUGGGUGGAUACCUUUGAAUUAAAAAAACAAAAGGGAACUGAUGCUUCAAACGGCUACGAUGAAGAACUAUCAAAUGAUGAACAGGAAUUCUCAGAUGAUGAAAAAGAAGCUCUAUUUAAAAAGAUGAGAAAGGAUCAAAGGAGAAAAAAAGAUGGUAUAACAAAACCAAAAAAGCAGAAAAGCAGAGUUGACCAGCAGGAGGUACCGCAAAUUAAAGCCUCUUGGAAUUCGACUUCGCACUCAUAUAGACCAAGAAAUGCUCGUCAACAUGUCAACGAAGAGCCAUCGAGCAGUGUACCCGUACCACCUCGCUCGGCACCUUAUGUGCAAACUAAUAUACAAAGAAAACAAACUUUGAUGCAACCGACUAUGAUUCCAUCGAUGACGCAGCCUAGUUUGCAGCCUGGGGUGCAGCCCAUAAGAAACAUUGUGUCACAAGACACACAGCAAGGAACCCAUCAAUGCAUCGAUCGCACCCCUUAUAACGCCCCAAACCAACAAAUUCCAGCAUAUCAAUUACAGUCUCAAUUUGAUCAAACAUUAUUUCAAGCUCAGUACGGUUCCCCUUAUGGAAAUCACUCGCAACAGAUGUACGGCGGUUUCCCUAAUGGACAAUUUUAUUCACCACAGCAGAGCGUGAUGCAGAACCCCUACGUCCAACAGGGCCCUCCGCAACUCCAGGGAGGGAAUAUGCAACAGGUAUUACAAUUGCAUCAAAUUCUCAUGCAACAGCAACAGCACCAGCAACAGCACCAGCAACAGUACCAGCAACAGCACCAGCAACAGCACCAGCAACAGCACCAGCAACAGCAACAGCAACAGCAACAGCAACAGCAACAGCAACAGCAAUACCCAGAAUAUAGACAGGAGUUUAAUUACGACGAUUGA